CUCGUCGUUUUCCUCGCUCGCACACCCGUGACCCCGUCCCGAUUAUUCCACUUUCAAAUGGCGAUGGCGAUGAUGACUCUGCGACGCGCGGUGGCGCUCGGUGCCCGACACAUCCCCGCCGUCGCAGCCGCUUCCUCCCGCAUCGUCCCCCUCCGACACAUGAGCGCGGGCGCGGGCGCCGCGGUGGAGAAGAUCCGCGCCGCCGGGCUGCUCAGGACGCAGGGGCUCAUCGCCGGGAAGUGGGUGGACGCCUACGACGGGAAGACCAUCGAGGUGCAAAAUCCAGCAACUGGUGAGGUCCUUGCAAACGUGCCCUGUAUGGGCAGCAGAGAAACAUCUGAUGCUAUUGCUUCUGCUCACAGUACAUUCUAUUCUUGGAGUAAACUCACUGCAGGUGAGAGGAGCAAGGCACUAAGAAAAUGGUACGAUCUAAUUAUUUCACACAAGGAAGAGCUUGCACUUCUCAUGACACUGGAGCAGGGGAAACCUAUGAAAGAAGCCCUGGGUGAGGUCAAUUAUGGUGCAAGUUUCAUAGAAUAUUUUGCAGAGGAAGCAAAGCGUAUAUAUGGUGAUAUCAUUCCCCCAACUUUAUCUGAUCGCAGAUUGUUGGUUCUGAAGCAGCCUGUUGGGGUAGUUGGAGCUAUUACACCAUGGAAUUUUCCAUUAGCAAUGAUAACCCGAAAGGUUGGACCAGCUUUGGCGUGUGGCUGCACUGUUGUUGUCAAGCCAUCAGAGUUCACCCCUCUGACAGCAUUAGCUGCAGCAGAUCUUGCUCUUCAAGCUGGAAUACCAGCGGGUGCACUAAAUGUUGUGAUGGGUAAUGCUCCUGAGAUAGGUGAUGCAUUACUGCAGAGUACACAGGUCAGAAAGAUUACGUUCACUGGAUCAACAGCUGUUGGCAAAAAACUGAUGGCUGGAUCUGCAAAUACUGUGAAAAAGGUCUCCUUGGAACUUGGUGGGAAUGCACCUUGCAUUGUUUUCGAUGAUGCAGACAUUGAUGUUGCUGUUAAAGGCAGUCUUGCUGCCAAGUUCCGUAACAGUGGACAGACAUGUGUUUGUGCAAACAGGAUAUUGGUGCAAGAAGGUAUCUACGAAAAGUUUGCAACUGCAUUCAUCAAGGCUGUUCAGAGUUUGAAGGUUGGGAAUGGGCUAGAAGAGAGUACAUCUCAGGGUCCUCUGAUUAACGAAGCUGCUGUUCAGAAGGUGGAGAAGUUCAUAAAUGACGCGACUUCAAAGGGAGCAAAUAUCAUGCUAGGUGGUAAAAGACACAGCCUGGGGAUGACAUUUUAUGAGCCAACUGUAGUAGGGAAUGUCAGCAAUGAUAUGCUUCUUUUCAGAGAAGAAGUUUUUGGUCCAGUUGCACCCCUUAUACCAUUCAAAACUGAGGAAGAAGCAGUCCAUAUGGCCAACGAUACAAACGCAGGCUUAGCUGCAUACAUAUUUACCAAGAGCAUACCUCGUUCAUGGCGUGUAUCUGAAUCUCUUGAAUACGGCUUAGUUGGGGUAAACGAGGGAAUUAUUUCAACAGAGGUGGCACCAUUUGGUGGAGUAAAGCAGUCUGGUCUAGGGAGGGAAGGUUCGAAGUACGGCAUCGACGAAUACUUGGAGCUCAAGUACAUCUGCAUGGGAAACUUGGGUUGAGUCCUGAAAUCGGCCCCAGGCUAGAAACGCUUGGCAGAUGAUGAUGAACCGAGAAACCAAGUAAGCAGGCGUGCUUAGAAGGGUGCGAGUUGCGUUUAGCUGCAAGAUCGGAGAUGGGAAAGGGGCCGGCCACUGGUUGUGGGUGAGCAGUUUUAGAAUAAAGCGAAUAAGUCGUGGAGCAUGAAUAAGAAAGCCGAAUGAGUUGUAAAUGACGUGAACUAUUAAAGUAUGGCUUCGCCUUCGUACUUUUGUAUACAUAAUCAUGGCACUUGUCUAUAGUGUCUCCAAAGACGUUCAUGUUAUACGGAAUAAAAGCAUGUAGGUCGGAUAGACUGUGUCAGAUGCUA